UUGAACAGUUAUCUUAGACAUCUCAUAAACAUGAACAAAAAACUGACAACAUUCAACUGGGAUUCAGUGAGUGAAAAUGUCACUGCCAAAGCUCUUGAGUAUUGAUCUUAUAUUGGCACUGGCUGCAUUCCUUGUUGCAGAAAGUGCUAAUGUAUAUUACCGAUACCGUAUGUCAAGAUGCAUCUACAGCUCCUCUAAUAUGAGUGACAUGGUGUAUUUUAACAACUAUUACUUCAAUAAAUAUCUAUUCAUACAAUUUGACAGCACUCUGGGGAGGUUUGUGGGGUCUAAUGAGUAUGGAAUGAAACUUGCAGAGAUCUGGAACAAUGGCACCAUUGUGCAGGAAGAAAGAGCUGUUGUGGACUGGUUCUGCAAAGGUAAUGCUCAAGAAAUUGACUCCCAUAUCUGUGAUAAAUCAGUGAAACCGAAGGUUAAGCUCAGUUCAGUGACGCAGGCUGGUGGCAAACAUCCAGCUGUGUUGAUGUGCAGCGCAUAUGAAUUUUAUCCUCCACACAUCAAAGUGUCCUGGCUGAGAGAUGGUAAACUGAUGACCUCUGAAGCGACCUCAACAAUGGAGUUGGCUGAUGGAGACUGGUACUACCAGAUCCACUCUGAGCUGGAGUACACCCCCAAAUCUGGAGAGAAGAUCUCGUGUAUGGUGGAGCAUGCCAGCGUCAAUAAACCCAUGAUUUACGACUGGGAUCCAUCUCUCCCUGAGUCUGAGAGGAAUAAAAUCGUUAUUGGAGCUUCUGGUCUGGUGCUUGGAAUCAUCAUAGCAGCUGCUGGACUCAUUUAUUACAAGAAGAAAUCAACAGGGAGGAUCCUAGUACCUCAUUGAUGAUGGUAGAUUUCUGAUAACUCAUGCACAUGAUUAAUAAUUAGGCCUAUUUUUACAUAUUUUAGUUACUCAUUCUGACUGCAAUGAGACCAAGAAUGAGGCAUUGUCCUUUAUGCCACAAUUAUCAUAUGCAAUCCUUGUAACACAGUUUGUAUGUACAGGAAGGAGGCGGGAACUGGCAAACGUGUAAACAAACUUUAAUAUGUAAAAUAAACAAAGAAUAAAAUUAAAGUAAUGCCGGCAGACCCUCACGGACGUCUGCCAGCCACACAAACGUAAUAAAACAUAAAGUAAAGUCCAGGCCUGGUCCUCCCUCGUCCUUCACUGUCGUCGCUCCUCCUUUUAGGCUUCCGGAGCUCCUCCAUGAGAGAUUUGAGACCGGUGCAAUGCGCAGCUGAUGCUCAUUAUCACUUGCGUCACCGGCCUCGCACCGCUCCCUCACGGCUCUCGCCCGCCCUGCUCGUCACAAUUUGCACAAUCCUUUAGCUGAUGCUUUGUUUUUUAAAUUUAAAACAAGGGAAACAACAAUGAUAUAAAUAUAGCAUAAAAUCUGACACUUAUUUUUUUUCUAGGAAGCAUUGUAUGAAUAUAAUAUCAUAUUUGAGUAAGAUCAGUGACGAUGCAAAUGAUGUGACAAUGUUGACAAUGAUGUAAAUGAUGUAUAAAAUAUCGAGAAAAUACAGAUUGUUCUCACUGAGUUUGUCUCUUUUUGUACAUACAGUAGAAGUAGAGGAGUUUGUUAGUGUUGAAACUCAUAAGUCUUUGUUGCUAUGCUGAAUACAUAAAACAACUAAAACAUAUCUGAUGAGCAUAUUUUACUCUUCUUUCUUUAUUAAAAAAAAAAAAAAAAAAAAAACCAACUUAUUAGAUGAAGUGAAUGUGUAAACUUGCAUCUAAUUGGUCUUAAUUUUUAUGAAUGACAUAUUUCUAUUUAGGAAACUGCCCCAUAUGUCCUUAAUGUCACGGUUGCACACAGAAACAAGAUGGUAAGAUCCAAGUGCAGCAGUUUAAUAAAAGGGAAAUCCAAAAUCAUACAUCCAGCACAGGCAUGGGUCAAAAUCCAGAGUGACAGUCCACAGAAAACAAAAGCCAGCGGUACAAAAUGUGCACAUAACAGAAUAUAACAAACCACAACCAAGGACAGAAACAACUGAGACUAAAUAGACAGACACUGAUAAUGAAACACAAAACAGCUGAGUGCAAUGAUGAAUGGUGAUUAGUCCAGGGAGUGUGUAUGGGAAAUG